UGGCCAACGGCGUUUUGAUUUGGCCAACAGCAUUUUAUUUCGCUAAUGGCCCCUUUUUUCGCUAACGGCAUUUUCACUUGGUCAACGGCCCCCUUUUUCACUAACGGCGUUACUAAUUUGCUUACAGCAUUUUAUUUCGUCAACGGCAUCGUCACUUGGGCAACGGCCCCCUAUUUGGUCAACGACAUCAUUAUUUCGCUUACAGUUUUUUUUAUUUCGCUAACGGCAUCUCACUUGGUCAAUGGCUCUCUUUUCCGCUAACGGAAUUACUAAUUUGCUCACAGCAAUUUAUUUCGUCAACGGCAUCGUCACUUGGGCAACGGCCCCUUAUUUGGUCAACGACAUCAUUAUUUCGCUUACAGUUUUUUUUUAUUUCGCUAACGGCAUCUCACUUGGUCAAUG